AUGCUGAUCAAGGAUGGAGCAGAACCUACGGGGAAGGAGGCAGACUCGGGCUUCUCGUCGGCCAACAGCGGGGGCAGCUCGACGAAGGGCCACGAUCGGCAAGACGUGGACGCUGGCUGUUGCUGCGAUUCGGGAGCUUCGCGAAGAAGCUGCGCGGAGGCAGGGCUUGCGUGCGAUGAUUCGCUCAAACUGACCUACGAAUUCUUCUAUCGCCAGGAUAACGAGGGCGACACCCGACUGCACGCGGUGAUAUCCCUCGGCCUGCUGGAAGCCACGUGCUGGCUGAUCGACAUGGCCCCGCACCCCUGCUUGCUGGACAUACGGAACGACGACGGCCUUACGGCCCUACACCUCGCGGUGAUGGCCGGGGAGGCCCUGAUCGUCCGGAGGCUCGUUCUUUCCGGCGCCGACAAGCAACUCCGCACCACUGCCGGCAACACGGCCCUGCACUUGGCUUGCCUCCGCGGCGAUAUUCGCUGUGCCAAAGCCCUCACCGACCAACCGUUUAUCGACGAGGAGCGCCGUUUGCUCGCUAACCGCUGCAGAUCGGCGCGGGCUGUGGUCGACAACGGCGAACUGGAGCUCAGGAAUUACAAUGGCGAAACGUGUCUGCACGUCGCGGCGUCGCAAGGCCACUCGGAGCUCGUCCGGCACCUGCUGCACUUGGGGGCGAACGUUGGCGCCCGCGAGGGACUCCGCGGUCUGACCGCCUUGCACUUGGCGAUCGAGAGGAGCCACUUCGACGUGGUUCGACUGCUGGUGAUCGAACGGCCGUUUUGCAUCGACACCGUCACCUACGCCGGGUUGACGACCCACCAGAUAGCCAACAGCUCCGACCGGCGUUUGGCCGAUAACCUGGCGUUGCUGCAACGGUCGUACAACGCUGCAGGCAACCUCGAGGAUAUGGACGUGGAAAAGGAGCUCGCGGCGUUCGCGGGUAUGAGGGUACGGUGCCUGGCGACUUGAGCGACCGUUGUGUGUUUUUUUGUUCCGUCCGGAAGCUAUAAUGUAGUCAUUUGGGUCUCGGUAUCGUUUCAUUGUAAAUAAGAAGGGCGUUGGUUCAAUUGGUUCGAAGAACCCACGCGAAAAGGAGGCAUCGAGUUUUUUGUGUACCACCAGGUCUCGGGAAGAGAUUGCACGCAUUGAAUUUCUUUGGAUGCCUCCUUCGGUAUUUAUGUUGGUCACGAUUGACUUCGUCACGUGCUGGACUAAAAUGGAUUUUUUGUAUUUGCAUGUGCAGCGUGCAGUGUGAGGAUUUAUUCUACUGUUUACUAGGGUACCCAAAAUUGUUGAAUUGUAAUAAUUAUAGAGCGACCUAACGUCAUCGUUUAACCCGA